GGACAGCAAACCCUCUUCCCCGCCUUCUCCUGCGUAAUUCCGGAACCGGAGGAAAAAAGGGUCUGCGCUCCAUGUUUUCCUUCUCUUUCUUCCUCCCUCAUGUGUAGCAGGGGCUCUUCUGUGUUGCCGGAGCCCUGCAUCCCUCUUCCUCCUUCCUCACUGGACCCCUCCCCCUCCCUGCUGGCAUUGCUGCUAUUUGAGGAGCUGCUCUUGAUGAUGGGAGGGGGAUCUCUGUAUUCCCUUCCCCUAACAGUAAGGGACUGAAAAAGUCAUCUUGCUCAACUCCCUGUAAAACAGAAAUUGUUCUCUUUUCCCCAAGAAAAACUCCACGAGGAAAUCGAUCGAGUGAUUGGGAGGGACCGGAUCCCAGCCGCUGAGGACAGGAACAAAAUGCCUUACAUGGAGGCUGUAAUACACGAGAUCCAGAGAUUCAGCGAUAUCCUGCCCAUGAAUCUUCCCCGCAUUGCCAUGAAAGACAUCCACUUCAGGGGCUAUGUCAUCCCCAAGGGCACCUACAUCUAUCCUUUGCUGAGCAGCGUUCACUAUGACCCGGAGCAGCACUCCAACCCUCAAGAGUUUGACCCGGGGAGAUUCCUGGAUAGCCAAGGCUGCUUCAAGAAAGUGGAGGCGUUCAUGCCUUUCUCAGCAGGGAAGCGCAUGUGUAUCGGCGGAGGGCUGGCCCGCAUGGAGCUGUUCCUCUUCUUCACCACCAUCCUGCAGGCCUUCACCCUCCACUCCCCUGUGCCCCCCAGCCAGAUCAGCCUCGCACCUGCGUCCGUGGGCGUUGGGAAGGUGCCCCCCAAAUACCAGCUGUCCGUGUCCCAGCGCCAACACUGAUCUCUCUCUUCCUGUGUUGGGGCGCAAGAAGAUCUCGGUUUCUCUCUCAGUACCACAGCUGAUUGGCCAUGUAGGAAAGUCCUCUAUUUGAAGGCCUGCCCGUGCAAGGAGGAGGAGGAAGCACC